ACUUAUGAUAUAAUAAUAUUCCAUCUUUAAAUACCAAUUAUUUUAAUUAUGCCAGAAUCGUUAUGUGCUUUUCGGGUUUAACAGAAAGUUUUCUUAACUAUACGUAACUUACUCAUCGUAAAUGGAUUUCAAUUUUCAGCCAAACAUAGUCGACGUCCAUCACUGAUUGAUAAACACCAAUCCACCCGGCCUCGCCCGAUAUGCACAAUCUACUGGUAAGUUACCCAGACUCAAAUCUAUUACCUACCUAUAUAACGAACUAAGGCAAAACCCAAUAUUAUUCAAAGUUUAUCCAUUCAUAGUCAUGUGGCUUUACUUAAUACGAAGUUCGGUUUAUUGGUAUGUGAGAAAAAUGAUAAAAUGGUUCUUGCACAAGAUCACCAAGCUCUGUGAACUGCAACGCAUAUGUUACACGCUGUCUGUAGGUGCACCCAGAACGUUGAAUGUAGAGCGAUCAUUGCGCGAUUCCAUUAUACCUCAAAUAUGUGGCUUGUUGACUGUGUUGGAUGCUCGAUCAUCCGAACGAACUUUUUACUUUGGACGAACUAUACUGUUGCCAAAUGCUAUGUCAACGAUUGCACAUGUUAAACGCAUUGACAAAUCUGAGCGUGCACUUAAUGCUCUUGAACAAUGUGUGGAUAAGAUAUGGUCAUAUAUGCAACUGAUAGAGGAGAUUAAACAUAAUGCAAGCAUUCAAUAUGAUUGUACUAAUGAUGUACAUGAAAAAUCAUUGUUAUUUUUGUGGGAUGAAUUGAUGCCAAACGAUCGACUGGAAAAUAGAGUGACCAAACAGUGGCAAGACAUUGGAUUUCAAGGAGAUGACCCGAAAACUGAUUUUCGUGGUAUGGGACUGUUAGGGCUGGAUAAUUUGGUCUAUUUUGCAUCCAAAUACACUUGUUUAGCUCGAAAUGCAUUAUCACACUCAAUGCAUCCAGAACAUGGGUAUGAAUUUGCAAUUGUUGGAAUAAAUUUAACAAGUUUUGCAUUAGGACUGGUUGUUGAUGGCUCAGCCAAGACUCAUUUUUAUAAUAAACGGAACGCGCCUGAAUAUGAAGAUUUCCAUGAAUUCUAUUGUUAUUUAUUUUGGGAGUUUGACAAAUUUUGGUUGGACAAAAAACCAAAAGACCUUAUGGAAUUCACAACUUACCGAAAGCAAUUUGAAAAGAAUAUUAGACAAAAGCUGGAAAAAACUGAUACUGUUUUUUUAAUUGAUGUUCCUAAUGAUCAUCCGAUUAAUGGUUAGACAGGUGAAAUUCUAUUUUAUGAGUCUAUUGUAUAUAUACAACAAAGUAGACUGCUACAUUAAAUUCUUUAUUAUAUUGUAUGGCCAUUUUCUAAGUACCUACAGUGUGUUUUUAAGUACAAAGUUUAAUAUUAAUUUGAAGAAAAUUAUUACUUCUCGACUCUAUACCUACCUAUCUAAAUAAUUAUUGUUUUAAAAAAAAUAUUCUAAAAUUAUCAUGUAAAUAGUUCAUAUUUGAAUUAUAAAAUGUAUUUAUAAUGAUUUGUUCAAUUCAAAAUAAAUUCCUUUGGCAUAUUUUUUAUGUUCCAAUGCUAAAAUUAUUUUUCAUUACCUUGUCAAUAUGUAUUAUAAUUUAGUGUUUGAAACAUUUAAUUUUACUUCAAUCUUUAUAUUUUAAAACAGCCAAAUAUCUAAAUUAAUUCUAUAAGUAAGAUUAAAAAGUAUUUUCCUAUAUGAUUAAACUAAAUGCCUUAUUACUGAACAAAUUGUCUAAUACCUACAAAAUGCAUUUAUAUAGUUUUAAAUCAUUAAUAAUCUCGGACAUUUUAUGAAUGUACCAUAUUUUGUUAUAUUUUAUGCUAACCAUUAUUCUCAUAUAAUUUUUUACAAUUUUACUUUGUCAGUUUACUGAUAUUCAAAGAACCUUUUUUUUGUUUGUUAAAUUAAAAUUAGUUUAAAUACAAAAAUGGAUGUGAUAGAUACAUUUUAAAAUCUUUAUGACAAUAAAUAGU